GAUGAUGAUAGAGGAAGAAUGGCUUGAUGUUGUCACUAAAACUGGAGAGAAAAGCGGCUUUUCGAAAGCCCAGGCAAGCUCCGCAACUAUUCAAUGAUAAUUUAUUUUUGUUUCAGUACAAUCAUGGGGCUGAUUGUGAGUGGUUCGGGGCAGAGGUACACAGAAAUGGAGACUAUCACCGGGUGUGGAUUUAUGCGGAGAGCACACAGGAAGUGCUGAUGGUAAGGAUUCAUGGGCUGGACUGUGCCAGUGCUGGUCAUAUUUCUGCUGCCGAUUCUUCUCUUAUAACUGCUAGGAGGGAGCUCCAGGAAGAGCUAGGCUUUUUGUAUUUCUUCAAGAGUGCAUCAUAAAUGUCGGAAAUUAUAUCAAUAACGAGUACAAUGAUGUGUAUCUCGUAACAACUGUACAUCCAAUUCCUUUGAAGGCUUUCACUCUUCAAGAAACAGAAGUAUCUGCUGUAAAAUAUGUCUCCUUUGAAGCUUACGUACUAAAGAACAUCCAGACUAUGUCCCAUAUGAUGUAACUGGACAAUAUGGUCAACUCUUUGACAUAAUUCAGCAAAGGUUGGCUAAGGAGGUUCGUUUAAAGGCUAUGGUUCUUGACAAUAUUUUAUCUUCACCUCAUCGGAGGUCACCAUCUUUCCGGAAACAAUUUCCACGGGAUGAGUUGGGUAGCUGUUCUACUCUUGUUCAGAGGCACCGUUUCCUACUAACAGCUCUAGUUCUUUUGACUUUCCUGUGCACUGUCUACCUUUAUUUUGCUAUUACUUUAGGGGAGACGGGAUCUUGUUUUGGGUUGUCGGGGAAACAGAAAGCAUUGUGCAACUUACAGCUGGCGACGUCAUCGGUGAAGGGCAAAAUGAAAUUUCUUUAGCACAUAUCAAUUGAAUUGAUAGUUUUUGUUGAUCCUUUCUCAUAUGGAGGGGAUGGCUGCACUUGCUGAUGGUCUGUGUAUACAUGAUUUGGUCUCAAAAUUUAUCAUUAAAAAGUUAUAAUCACAUCAAGUUAUUGCCCUUACUUUGGACAUGAUUUUGUAGGUUUUUUUUGUUUGUUUGUCUUGUGGUUAAAUUAUCUUACAUCAAACAGAUAUAUUAACAUUCAUGUUCAUAUGUCCCCUUUAGAUAAAUGAAAAUUGCCUAUAUUGUUUUGCUUCCA